AGCGCCUCGCCGGCCGGAACGCUCAAGCCCGGGCAGAGAAGCCCGCAGCUUAGGCGCGGAGGCCGUUCCGCGAAAAAGCGCUGGGCCCGUUGCGAUGGUGGUGCAGAGGAUCUGGAACUUCGCCAAGCGCCACAGGAAGAAGCUCCUGGCGGGCAUUGUCGGUGUCAGUGGCGCUGGCCUCUACUACUUCCUGAGAGUUCGCCUGCCGAAGCUUCAGCAAGACAUGCUGGAGAACCUGCUCAAGGAGCUCUCAGAAGGCGCCACCGCCUCCUCUGGUCAGGAUGAGCAGCAGCAGCGCAGGGUACGCUUCCAAAAGCACCAGGUGGUAUCGGACAGCUACGCGCGCCGCGGCCUGCCGGCCUUCCUCGCAAGACACGGCAGUUGCUUCAACACGCAGGCGUGCCACGCCAAGGUGAAGGAGGCCAAGGACAAGGACACCAAGCUCCAAGCCUUCAAGGAGCUCCAGGCGGAGUGCCUGGCUCUGGUGGCCUCCAGCGCCUACGCCCUCCAGGUGAUCUUGCUGCUCCACAGGGUUCAGUUCAACAUCGCUGGCCGGGAGGUGGCGGUGCGGCAUCAUGACGAGAUGAUGGAUGCCAACGAGGAGGGCUCUGCAGUGAUGCAGCUGAUCGACUCCACAGAGUUCUUCCUGGAGCAAGGCCCCGCGCUGGUUUCCGCGGCGGCGCGGAGAGCGGUGAAGGAGGCAUUGGCCACAGCCAACCUUCUGCCGGACACAGCAGUGACGGCAGCGACGCUGUCCGCAUUUUUCAAAGAGGUCUUCGAAAAAAUGGAGCCGGAGCUUUGGGCAGACAGCAAGGGUUCUUCGUUGCUUCCGCCAGACAAUGCACGCCUAGAGAAGGUGAAGCCCUUCUUGGAUGAGGCCCGAGACUACCUCGAGAGCCCGCAGCUGCUGCAGGUGGUGAGGGCAGUGACCGCCGCGGCGGCGGAGCGGUUGCCAGAGGAGCUCGCGGCCACCAGGGGGCAGGCUGCCGGCCUGAAGGCCGGCUCCGUGAAGCUGGCGCUGCUCUUCGGCGGCUGCAUGGCCCUGGGCCGGGAGCUGCUGGAGGUCGAGCCGGAGGCCUCAGAGAAUGCCGAGGCAGCCAUGCGAGCCUUCGCGGACAAGACGGUGGUGGACCAAUUUUGCGAAGCCAUCUACUUUCAGGAGCCCCAGAAGUGAGCGAUCUGACUCGGUUGAGUUCGGAACAGUGUCUGGUUA